AGGAGACACCUGGAAGAGAAGAGAAGUUUAAAGAAAGAAGAAAAACAGGAACGUGACAAAAACACUAUACUGAAACCAUGAUGUCCAAACUGCAGAAAAUCAUUAUGCCAGCAUGGGCUGUCAGAGGACUGCAUAAUUCUGCAGUGGAAGUUUUGAAGUGCCGGGCCCCUGGGGACGCAGUCACAGCCAGCUUUGGGAAGUUCAUCAGUGAAAUAAAGCCCCAGCACUUGUCCUCCGUAGUCCUCCACCGCAGCAAAAGGAUGGUGCUGGACAGCAUUGGGGUUGGUGUGAUUGGCAGCACGACAGACGUGUUUGAACUGGCCCUGCAGCACUGUCAGCACAUGUACACUUCUGAUGACAUCAGCUCUGUAUACGGACGCAGCGGCACCAGGCUCUCCCCGACACUGGCAGCUUUUGUCAAUGGAGUGGCGACUCACUCCAUGGACUUUGAUGAUACGUGGCACCCUGCCACUCAUCCCUCGGGAGCAGUCCUUCCUGCUGUGUUAGCACUCAGUGACAUGAUGCCCGCUAACAGAAAACCUAGUGGCCUGGACUUCCUGCUGGCUUUCAAUGUCGGCAUUGAGAUCCAGGGACGACUGAUGAGGUUCUCUAAUGAGGCCCACAACAUCCCCAAGAGGUUUCACCCUCCCAGUGUGGUAGGGACAAUGGGAAGUGCAGCUGCCUGUGCUCGCCUCUUGUCCUUGGAUCACUCCCAGUGCAGUCAUGCCUUGGCCAUAGCUGCUUCUCUAUCUGGAGCCCCAAUGGCUAACGCUGCCACUCAGUCUAAACCCCUUCACAUUGGCAACGCAUCACGUCUGGGGCUGGAAGCUGCCCUGCUGGCCUCCAGAGGCCUAGAGGCGAGCCCCCUGGUCCUGGACGCUGUCGCAGGCGUGGCCGGCUUCAGUGCUUUUUAUGAAGACUACGUGCCACAGCCUUUAGAGUCACCCAGGGGUGACAGCCAUAUGUUCCUGCUAGAGGAGCAGGACAUAGGCUUCAAGCGUUUCCCCGCCCAUCUGGGGAUGCACUGGGUGGCAGAUGCUGCAGCCUCGGUCCAUAAGCUUCUUGUGGGAGUUGGUCCUGGCACUGUCUCCCCAGCUCAAAUCCAGGACAUCCAGCUCAGAGUCCCCAAAUCAAAGUACAUCAACAGGCCUUUCCCUGAGUCAGAGCAUGAGGCACGCCACUCCUUCCAGUUCAAUGCUUGCAGCGCCCUCCUGGAUGGCAAGGUGACUGUGCAGUCCUUCACACCCUCUGCCAUGAGUCGCCCUGAGCUGCUCGAUCUGCUGAGCCGUGUUCACAUGGAGCAUCCCCACGACAACCCGGCUAACUUCAACCGCAUGUAUGGCGAAGUCCAGGUGACACUUGCUGGAGGAGACAUCCUGAAGGGGCGCUGUGACACCUUCUACGGCCACUGGCGCAACCCACUGACCAAUGAGAGCCUGACGAAGAAGUUCAGAAACAACGCAGGGACGGUGCUUCCAUCAGAGAAGGUUGAGAGGCUGAUUGAUGUGGUGGACGAGCUGGACAAACAUGAGAACUGCACCUCCCUUCUCUCACAGCUGCAAUAACAUUUACAGACACACAUAUAACAGCAAAACAGAAAA